GGGGUGGGGCGGAGCGGGACCGUCAUGCCAGCGCUGCCCGGCGCCGCCGCCAGUACGACGGCUGCUCGCCCCAGGGCCGCCAGCAGUAGCACCAUGACGGCCGGGCGGGUCUACGACAUCGUGGUGUUCGGCGCCUCGGGCUUCACCGGCCAGUUCGUGGUGGAGGAGGUGGCGCGGGCGGCGGCGGCGGCGGCCGCCGGCGAGGGGCAGCUGUGCAGCGGCCGCCUGCGCUGGGCCGUGGCCGGGCGGAGCCGCGAGAAGCUGCGGGCGGUGCUGGAGCGGGCGGCCGAGCGGCUGGGGAAGGCGGCGCCCGGGGAGGAGGUCGGCGUGCUGCUCUGCGAUGUGGGCGACGCGGGCUCGCUGGCCGCCAUGGCGAAGCAGACCCGGGUGGUGCUGAACUGCGUGGGCCCGUAUAGAUUCUUUGGAGAACCUGUGGUAGAAGCUUGUGUUGAAAAUGGUGCAAGCUGCAUUGACAUUAGUGGAGAACCCCAGUUUCUGGAAGGAAUGUACCUGAAAUACAAUGAGAAAGCUGCAGAAAAGGGAGUAUAUGUCGUUGGAAGCUGUGGCUUUGACUCCAUACCGGCGGAUAUGGGAGUGCUGUACACCAGAGACAAGCUGAAAGGUACCUUAACUGCUGUUGAGAGUUUCCUGUCGGUGAAAUCUGGGCCUGAGGGUCUUGGUGUACAUGAUGGGACCUGGAAAUCAGCUGUCUAUGGCCUUGCAGAUGAAGCCAGCCUGAAGAAGCUUCGAAAACAGAUAGGAUAUGCCCCUGUUCCAGUAGUUGGUGCAAAGCUUAAAAAAAGAGGAUUUAUGUUUUACAGUCCAGAAUUCAAGCAGUACUGCAUUACAUUCAUGGGAUCUGAUGGCUCUGUUGUGAAAAGAACUCAGCGUUAUUUGCACACCGAGUUGCAGCAAACACCUGUCCAGUAUGGCGCUUACGCGACUGUAGGUGGUCUUGGCUCUGUUAUCAAGCUGAUGUUUCUGGGCAUGUUAUUUUUUCUUCUGGUGAAGUUUAACUUUGGAAGAAAACUUCUGACAAAAUACCCAGAAUUUUUCUCUGCUGGAUGCUUCACAAAGAAAGGACCAACCCAGAAGCAGAUGGAUGGAACCUCUUUUACAAUGACUUUUUUUGGUGAGGGUUACAGUGAGGGACAAGAUCCCCAGAAUGCCAAACCAAAUGUGAAGAUCUGCACUGAAGUGAAAGGACCAGAGCCUGGAUAUGUUGCUACACCAAUUGCAAUGGUUCAAGCAGCUCUAUCUCUUCUGGAAGAUGCAUCUUCUCUGCCUAAACGGGGUGGUGUAUAUUCUCCAGGAGCUGCCUUCUCGAAAACAAAAUUGAUUGAUCGUCUCAACAAGCGUGGUGUUGAGUUCUCUGUUAUUAGCAAGCCUGAAGUCUGAAGUCAGAACAUAACUGUAUGAACUAAAACCUUUACUGGGUCUAACUCUAAUAAAACCCAUUUGGCUGCAAAAGCCUAAUCAUAAAA